ACCUAGUGGCUAGUACUUACCUACGUUAUAAGUUUGGCGUACACCGUACGGCAUUUUUUAAAAAUAUAUUUAAAAAUGUCGCUAAAUACUUAGUUUUGCUGUUACCGAGCUAAGAACGAUCGUUAAAAACCGAAAUCAGCCAUGGCCAGGAACGCGGAAAAAGCAAUGACUACAUUGGCUCGGUGGAGAGCAGCUCAAGUAAAGGAACAUGGUGGCAAGGAAGAACGACGGCCAUACUUAGCUACUGAAUGUACAGACUUGAAGGCAGCUGAAAAAUGGAGAGUUCAAAUCAUAAGAGAAAUAUCAAAAAAAGUUGCUCAAAUACAAAAUGCUGGAUUGGGAGAGUUUAGAUUACGUGAUCUUAAUGACGAAAUCAAUAAAUUAUUGCGUGAAAAAAAACAUUGGGAAUAUCAAAUUCGAGAACUUGGCGGUCCAGAUUUCUUACGAAUGGGACCAAGAAUGCUCGAUCAUGAAGGCAGAGAAGUACCUGGUAAUAGAGGCUAUAAAUAUUUUGGAGCUGCCAAAGAUUUACCAGGUGUUCGAGAACUGUUUGAACAUGAACCUCCUCCACCACCACGUCGUACUAGAGCAGAACUUAUGAAAAAUAUAGAUGCUGACUAUUACGGAUACAUGGAUGAGGAAGAUGGUCUUUUGUUGGCUAUGGAAAGAAAAAAAGAAAAAAUGAUGUUAGAAGCUUUGGGUCAAAAGACAACAAUUUGUGACGAGAUGGAUUUGGCUUUUGAAGAAGUUGACAGUGAUGAUGAAGACAUUUCAACUAUGUUUAGUAGUUCACGUUAUAUACAUCCACCACCUGUUCCAAGUGAUCAAGACAUUCAAAAUUUAAUUCUCGAUUAUAAAAAGCGAGAAUUACUUGAAAACUUUGCUGGUGUACAAGGUAGCAAGGAACACGAAGAAAUAGAAGAUCUAGCUAACAUAUCGUCAUCAGAUGAUGAAGCAUACGCUAAAUAAAUUGCAUGUAUUAAUGUUGUAUUUAUAUUAAUAAAACUUACUUUUUAAUGGA